AUGGCGUCCAGGACAACCCGGCCGGCCAAAGGCAUCACGCUUGAGCAAUUGGCCGACCACAAUACUUUACAGUCGUUAUGGAUCGCGGUUCACGGUGUUGUGUACGAUCUCACGGCGUUCAGCUCCGACCAUCCGGGCGGCAUCGACGCACUGGAAAGCUGUGCAGGAAUCGAUGGUACCGAAGCGUACGAGUAUGCCGGCCACAGCGAGGAAAAUACGAUCAGACUACAGCAGUACCGUGUCGGCGAGCUGAUCGGAACCUCCGGACGAGCUCCUCCUGCCUCCGACAAUCCCGUGGUUUCAAACACUACGCAUAGUGCUGGAUCUGUAGUUGGCCUUGGGCAGGCUAUACUCGCUCCCUGGGCGAAACUAGCAGUAACCCUAUUCACUGCAUGUGGCGCGGUGGCCUUUUCAUACCGCCAGAUUUUGGCGCAAUUUGGAACUGGCCAGUUCCCAUUCACAACGAUCGUGGGCAUGAAAACUGGAAAUGGGUUGCUCACAGGCAUUGCCAUUGCCUCGUCCGUCAGCAUGGUGGGUUUUGGGUACCUUUACCGACUAUUUCUAUCGUCUCUUGACUACCAGAACGAUGUAUUUAGUUUUCCACCUGCAAUACCCAGAAAGGCCCGAAGAUAG